AUGGCCUCCUCGGUUGCCCAGAAACGCCUCUUUCACGAAUACAAGAACCUGUCUACCAACCCCCCGGAGGGUAUUACCGCUGGCCCGGUGUCGGAGGAUGACAUGUUCUACUGGGAAGCCCUGAUUCAAGGCCCCGAGGGGACUCCUUUUGAAGGGGGUGUUUUUGCAGCAGAGCUGAAGUUCCCCAAAGACUAUCCUCUCAGUCCGCCGACAAUGAAAUUCGUGGGCGGUGGGGUGUGGCACCCAAACGUAUAUCCAAAUGGUACGGUUUGUAUUUCGAUUCUGCAUCCGCCCGGUGAUGACCCCAACCACUACGAGCAUGCUUCGGAGCGCUGGUCGCCAAUUCAGAGCGUGGAGAAGAUCCUCAUUUCGGUCAUGAGUAUGCUUGCUGAACCAAACGACGAAAGCCCCGCCAACGUUGAGGCAGCGAAGAUGUGGCGUGAGCGACGAGCAGAGUAUGAGCAGAAGGUCCGGGAUGAGGUGCGCAAGGGACUGGGGUUGUGA